CUUUAGCGAAAAAGGUCAAACAAAUAAGACUGAAGUCAGUCUUCGUUCCUACUGCCCUGGCGCUCAGCUGUUUACCAUUUGUUAUGAAAUUUUUGGAUUGAAAGAAAAUUUUUAAAAUUUGAGAAAAUAAAAUGCUGCGUUUGUUAACAAAAACAAGACUUGCAAGGCAGCUGUUCACGGCUUCCUAUGGCUCUCCGCGUUUUUAUGCCCAGAACUUGGCCGACGGAAACAAGAAGCCGGAGGAGGGACAGAUCAGCAAUGAGCCGAUACAGUUCUUUGGCAGUCAGGCGGCCACUUGGCGAGCACGGGACACUCGAAGUGGGGGUGAUGAUGAAUCCCUCUGGUACCAGCCCUACGUGAUCUCAGCCAGCUUGGCCGUAUUUCUCUUGUAUUUCUGCUGCCUUCGCGAGGAAAGUGACAUUGAUGAACGGCUGGGGGGAAAUCUGUACGACCAUGUAAGCGACAUGGAGGAGGUGCAGCUGACAGUCAACUACAGAUACAAUAAGGAACACGGGCUGGACACCAAAGAGCAGGAGAAACGUCUCAUCGAAAUAGGCGUCGAUAUGAAAGAAUUGGAUGCAAAAUUAGCCGCCCUAUAGUCUAGAAUUAACCACUAACAUUGAUUGUGUUUUUCAUUUUAUUAAUUUAAAAUAAAUUCUAAAUUUAUAUA